AUCCGCACAUGCGCAGUAGAAGAAGUGUGCCGCCUUCCGAUCCUCGCGCACAUUGACAGAAGCUUACAGAGGAACAUCUGGACACUCCCCCUCCCACUAUGGCCGACUCCAUGGAGAUAGAUGAUUCUCUGUACAGUCGGCAGCGGUAUGUACUGGGAGACAGCGCUAUGCAGCAGAUGGCCCAGUCUGCUGUAUUUCUUAGUGGAAUGGGAGCUCUUGGAGUCGAAAUAGCAAAAAAUAUUGUUUUGGCUGGAGUGAAGGCAGUCACCCUGCAUGACUGUAAGCAGUGUGAAGUUUGGGAUCUGGGUACCAACUUUUUUAUCAGAGAGGAGGAUGUGCAUAGCCAGAAAAAAAGGGUGGAAGCUGUUCAUUCUCGAGUGGCCGAGUUAAACCCAUAUGUUCAGGUCAGUGUGUCCACCGAUGUCCUGGAUGAAAGCACUGAUCUCAGCUUCCUGAAAAGAUACCAGUGUGUAGUGCUAACCGAAACGAGGCUGAACUUACAGAAACAGAUCAAUAAUUUCUGCCAUGCUCAGCAGCCUCCUAUCAAGUUCAUUGGCUGUGAUGUGUUCGGGAUCUCCUCGCGAGUGUUCUGUGAUUUCGGGGACACGUUUGAGGUGUCUGAUCCUACGGGAGAGGAACCGAAAGAACUCUUCAUCCAGAGCAUCACUCAGGAAACAUCUGGGGUGGUUAUGUGUAUGGACAGCCGAACACAUGGUCUCCAGACAGGACAGAGUGUGUGUUUCAAGGAGAUUAAUGGCAUGACUGAACUCAACGGUACCACACACCAAGUUACAGUUCUUUCCCCCUAUAGUUUUGCAAUCGGAGAUACCUCAUCGUUCCAGCCAUAUACACACGGAGGAAUCCUUCGCCUGGUUAAGACCCCCAAAACAAUCAGCUUUGAGACCAUGGAACAGCAGUUAUCCGACCCUCAGCUCCUCACUCCAGACUUCAGUAAACCAGAGGUUCCUCUACAGCUUCAUGCAAUCAUGUUAGCUUUGGAUGCCUUCCGGGAACAGCAUGGCAGACAUCCCAACAUUGGUUGUUUUCAGGAUGCUGAGCUGCUCCUGAAGUUCACAGAUGAAAUCAGCAAAACACUAAAAAACAAAGUGUCUAUAAAUGAAGAGCUGGUGAGGUGUGUUUCGCGCUGCUCGAAGGGUUGUCUCUUUCCUCUCGCUGCAGCGGUGGGUGGCAUUGCAAGUCAGGAGGUGCUGAAGGCUCUCACCGGAAAGUUCACCCCGCUUCAUCAAUGGUUUUAUCUCGAUGCAAUGGAGGUGGUUCAGCCCCUCCAGUCUCUCCCUGCUGAGGAAUUUGCAUCAAGGGGUGAUCGGUACGAUGCUUUGAGGGCAUGUAUUGGCGAGUCGCUGUGUUUGAAGCUGCACACAUUUCAAGUCUUUAUGGUGGGCUGUGGGGCUAUUGGCUGUGAGAUGCUGAAAAAUUUAGCACUGAUGGGUGUGGGGCUAAACAGAUGCUCAGGAGAGAUUUGCAUCACCGAUCCAGAUCUGAUUGAAAAAUCCAACCUUAAUCGACAAUUUCUCUUCAGACCUCAUCACAUACAGAAACCUAAAAGCACUACAGCAGCAGCCGCCACCUUAGACAUAAACCCAGAACUGCAAAUAGAUGCUCAUCUGAACAAAGUGUGUCCUGCUACAGAGGACAACUAUAGCGAUGUUUUCUUCUCCCGCCUCAACGUGGUGGUCACCGCACUUGAUAAUGUGGAGGCGCGAAGAUACGUGGAUAGUCGGAGCGUAUCCAAUCAGAAAGCUCUGUUAGACUCUGGUACCAUGGGGACGAAAGGACACACAGAGAUCAUCAUCCCAAACCUCACUGAGUCCUACAAUAGCCAUAGAGACCCACCGGAGGAGGAGAUUCCCUUCUGUACUCUAAAGUCUUUUCCUGCUGUUAUUGAACACACCAUACAGUGGGCCAGAGACAAGUUCGAGAGCGCUUUCUCCCACAAACCCUUCAUGUAUAACAUGUUCUGGCAGAGUCAUCCAUCAGCUCAAGAUGUGCUGCAGAGAUUGAUGGCUAGUGAGAGUAUGGAAGGAGCAUUUCAGGUCAUUAAGCUGUUGAGUCGGAGACCAACACGCUGGGAUCACUGUGUAGCUCUCGCUCGCCUCAAAUUUGACAAGUACUUCAAAAGAAAGGCAUUACAGCUACUGCACUCAUUUCCACUGGACACACGACUAAAGGAUGGCAGUCUGUUCUGGCAAUCACCCAAACGGCCGCCAUCUCCUAUAGAGUUUGACCUCAGUGACCCACUACAUUUUAGUUUUGUUGCUAGUGCCGCUCGCCUCUUCGCUGGAAUUUAUAAUAUCCCAUACACAGAAAAGAGUCUUUCUUUCGAGGCUAUUUUGAGUGUUUUAUCUGGAGUAGAUGUUCCUGAAUACAAACCAUCGGAAAAGCAUAUAGAGACAGAUGAGAGCAUUAAAAAACCUGAUCAGAUGAAGAUGACGGUGAGCAGUGAAGAAGAGCGGGAAGCCAUCACACAGCUACAGGAGGCUAUCGACUCCAACUUUAUUACAGCAGAGAGACUACACAUGAAUCCGUUGUUCUUCGAAAAAGAUGAUGACUCAAACGGACACAUGGAUUUUAUAGCAUCAGCGUCUGCUCUCCGGGCUCGUAUGUACGCCAUCGAAGCCGCUGAUCGACUGCAAACCAAACGGAUCGCGGGCAAAAUCAUCCCCGCUAUCGCCACGUCAACCGCAGCCGUCUCAGGACUGGUGGCAGUGGAGUUGAUCAAAGUUGCAGGUGGUUAUGGAUUCGAAUCGUUUAAAAACUGUUUCUUCAACCUAGCCAUUCCAGUCAUGGUGCUCACUGAAACGGCCCAGGUUAAGAGAACCCAGAUCAGAGAUGACAUUUCCUUCUCUAUCUGGGACCGUUGGACUGUCUAUGGUCAUCAGGACUUCACCUUAUCUGAUUUCAUAAGUUCAGUCAGGGAGAAGUAUGGAAUUGAGCCCACUAUGGUUGUUCAUGGAGUAAAGAUGCUGUACGUGCCGGUGAUGCCCGGCCACAACAAAAGACUUAAACUGACAAUGCAGAAAUUGAUCAAACCCUCAGCAGGCAGGAAAUAUGUUGACCUCACUGUAUCAUUUGCCCCUGAGGUGGAUGGGGACGAAGAUCUGCCGGGUCCACCAGUGCGCUAUUACUUCAGUCGAGAAAGCGAGAGCGCCAACACAGCCUGACGCACGCACUCUCCUCUCUUUUGGCCCGUGGACCACUAGCGGAGUAGCACUUAAUCCGACCCCAUGUACAUAGUGAAUUUUCAUUUUCUACUGGUUUAUUAUUUUAUUGCGCAGGGUUGUCUGCGCAGAUGCCUUAAGAUAAUUAUAUUGUGCUUCAAUGUGACAAUAAUAUUAAUGCUCUGAUGAGUAAAACAAAAACAGUGUUUACACGAUCGCCCCAGGGCUUAUUAUUAUUAUUCUGUGUGUUCGUCUCAUAGACUGUGUGAGGGGAAGUCAGUAGAAGCAGUGGCGGUCGGUGAUUUCUUUUUUCGAGGGCGCUCACAACAUGUAUGUAGUCCUUCAUGUGUGUGGUUCGUAAUAUUCGUAAAUAUGUGUUCUGCGUGUCGAGUCAUCCUGUGUGCUCACGUGUCUUGUCAAAUAAGUGCCUGCUGCAGACGCAUCUAAAGGGUUUAUUAUAAAAGAGACGCAGACGUUUGCCAGAUACUCGCAUAAGCUCAUGCGUAGAGUUUACUGUUAAGGGAGUGUCUUGCGUGUAUUUUGUGAACGUGAGCGUCUCUUUUAUCAUAAACUGUUUUGACGCGUGUGCAGCAGGCACUUAUUUUGACAAAACACGUGAUGCACAUGGUUUACAUGAUGCAACAAACAAAUAUUUUGAAAACACGAGCAACACACAUGACACUCCAAACACAUAUUUUGUAUUUGCGCCCCUCGGAUGAGCAGUCACGAGCCGCCACUGAGUAGAAGGCUUAUAUGAUGACAUGAGCUUUCAUCUUUUAUUUGCACAUUAGUACACGUUUAGGGAGGAUAGUAAAGCUUAAUACGGUUUCUGUUACUGUAAAGCCAAAGAUUUUGCUCCUGGUUUAAAACAUGCAUUGCACCACUCCGUAACAUCCGUCAUGACCUCUGCUUUUAGGGAAGACACAUAUGGAAAAUGUAUUUGGUCACACCUACUAUAGCAGUUUUACGAGUCCUCCUGUGUAAUACAGAGUUACAUCAUUGUAGUAUUACAAACAUAGAUGCACUGUAGUUAACACGGUAUACUUUCUGCUUUACUGCUUUGGACUAGUUCAGUGUAGUUUAAGGAGAAAAUGUCAUCUUAAUAAGGCCAGUAGAGGGGUGCUAUGGUCAAAAGAGUAUCUUGGGUCCUGUUUGCAACUGCUUCAUGCAUUUUCAUUCCUGUGAGAUACCGGAGUCUGUGGAUGCGAGUAAAAAGUAAUCCAAUAAUUUACAUCACAGAAAUUUUCAUAUCGUAAGUUUGGUCUGUGUGUAAAACAUCAAAACCUGGCUUUUCACAAGUUCCCAGCUAAUCCUGCAGCUUGUUGAUGUCACCCUAAAGUGUCCUUUAAUAGAUAAUAGCGGAGUGGACUGACUGGGAGUAGGGAACAAAAAAUCACAUAUCCGAACCUUCAAGCUUUAAGCUUACAGUGAAUAUCUUGGUUAAAUGGAAGAUGGCAAGAAAACAUUAUAUAAAGUUAUUUUGAUCCCUUUAAAAAUGCAAACGUUGGGUUGCACAGAAUCCUCCAUCAUGAUGUCCAGUAUUGACAGUUUUCAGGAAAAGUCUUAAGGAUAUAAACUGGGUGAUGUUUUAAUAGCUGUCAUUGUGAAUACAUUAUUUAACAGAAAUAAAAAUUCAAAUUUAAUGAGAAUUCAUAUUUAUUUAUUGUUUUUUACAGUAUUAGUUUUUACUAUGAACAGUCAAAACAUUAAAGGGAUAUUUCACCAGGGUUCCCACGGGU